AGGCAGUCAGGAGGAGGGAGGCUGCUCUCACACAUGAAGGAGGACUCUGGGAACUUCACAGGGAACAUUUCAUUUCAUCACAUCAUGGAGGAGAAAGUACAUUUGACUGGAUUAUUUUUACUUUUGAAGGCUGGGACUUUGGAGUUCGGUCCAAUUAAUGUUUUGUAAGUUUUUUUUUAUCUUCUCUGCAAGGUGUUUUUAUUUUUUGCAAAAUGGAUAACCUGGACAACACGACUGUGUUAAAUGACACGACAUCCACGCAAAGCAAUCACACCUUGGGUGUGUGGAACGACUACACGCCAGAGUACAAAGCGGCCAGCGUGUUUUUGGUGUCCCUCAUAUGCGGCGUGGGUAUGGUGGGGAACAUUAUGGUCAUACUGGUGGUUCUGACCACCAAACACAUGCGGACCCCCACUAACUGUUACCUGGUGAGCUUGGCCGUAGCGGACCUGAUGGUUCUGACCGCCGCCGGGCUGCCCAACAUCACGGACGCCCUGCGUGGACAGUGGGUGUACGGCUACGUGGGCUGCCUGGGAAUCACCUAUUUCCAAUACUUGGGAAUAAACGCGUCGUCUUGCUCCAUCACAGCCUUCACCGUGGAGCGCUACAUCGCCAUAUGUCAUCCCAUCAAGGCGCAGUUCCUGUGCACUUUGUCCCGGGCCAAAAGGAUCAUCAUGCUGGUGUGGGCGCUCACGUCCAUCUACUGCGUCAUGUGGCUCUUUUUGUCGGACACGCAAACUUUAGUGUACGACAACGUGGUGCUGCUCAGCUGCGCCUACAAAGUGUCCAGGAGUCAAUACCUGCCUAUUUACUUCAUAGAUUUCACAGUGUUUUACGUGCUGCCCCUGAUGCUGGCCACGGUUCUCUAUGGACUCAUCGCCAGGAUCCUUUUCCUGAACCCCUUGCCUUCGGACCCCAAAGACAGCACCAAGAAAUGGAGGAGAGGAACUAGUAAAGGAGGAGGAAGGGUGAUCAAUGCAAGCUCCUCCAGCAGCACCACUGCUGCCUCCAGAAGACAGGUAACAAAGAUGCUGGCUGUGGUGGUGAUCCUCUUUGCCUUACUUUGGAUGCCCUACCGCACCUUAGUGGUGGUCAACUCCUUCCUGGACAAGGCCUACCUGGACACCUGGUUUCUGCUCUUCUGCCGACUCUGCAUCUACUUGAACAGCGCCAUCAACCCGGUCAUCUACAACGCCAUGUCCCAGAAAUUCCGCUCAGCCUUUAAAAAGUUGUGUCACUGCGGCCCUCAGCACCUGGAGAAACCUGCUUCGUACAGCAUGGCUCUUACCUACAGUGUCAUCAAGGACAUGUCUAAUGGAGAAAGUCCUGACCACUUCACCACAGAAAUGGAAGAGCUACAAACCCCGAGUGGGUUUUCACCCACUGCAAUCCCACCAAUUGGCAAAAAGACUCUGUUUGAAGAGCCGCCACUUUUGGGAAAGAUGUCCAAAGCUAGAGAAAAGGGAACACUCGAAGUCAUCCAUUGAAUUGAUUGAAUGAUGUAUGGAUGUAAAAUAAAGAAAAGAAAAAUAUUGUAUUAUUUAAUCCUGUUUGACCCCCACCAAACACCCACUGGACUAUCUCAAAUAUCGCAGCAGACUCUAAGAAAAUAUCCACCCAUGAAAGAAUGAUAUAGCAAAGAAAACAAGUUUAUGCAUCCUGACUAUACAAUACACUACCUAACAUUGGCAGAGAGUACAUUUGGAAUACAGGAAGUGAACAAAUGUAUUAGAAAUUGACCUAAAACUGAGGGUGUAGGUUGAAACAGAUUUCUUCCUACUAUUUUUUGGACAUGCGGAAUUGAACUAAGUAAUGUAUGCCAAUGUAACUUGUGUGUUCAGAAUAAAUGAAAGCAUUAUCAUAAAAAGUGCAAGAUAUCACACUCAGCAGCAAGGGGAUUGAAGUACAAUAUCAUCUGCAUUCAUAAAAUCCCUGGUUAGAUGAAGAAAUGAUAUCCAACCUCAUUUUUCAAGCGACCCCCGGAUGACACUGACAUCUUAAUUUCAGCCAAGAUGGAAGGAAGCGAUGUAGAAUGUAAUGUGCUGCAGUGAAAUAAGAAGUACUGCACAAGAAGUACUGUACAAUAAUUGGCUUUUUUAUGAAGCAUGUUCCACCACUCUUGUACAUUUUCAAUCAUGUCUGUUUAGUGUCUUGUGGUGGGACUUGCUUUGGAAUUGAAUCUUGUUUUAGACUAAAUCAUUUCAGGAGUUUGUGCAUGCUCUGGUAAAGUUGAAAUGUAUUAUAUUUACAUAUCAUUUUGCACAAUGUUCGACUAUAUUAUUGUGAGAACAUAUUGGAGAGAGAUGGAAUUACAGUGGAAGGUUUUCGUCAUUAUAAUGAAUUCCAAACGGUUACAAAAAAUCAAAACGUAACAUGAGUGGUGGGGAGUUUUACUGUUUACUGUUACAAACUUAACUUUAAAAGGUGCACAGUUAGAGCUAGGCUUGCUCACUUUCCUGUAAACUUCAGCAGCAGGUACAAUCAUCAUUACACACACUGGCCCGGCUCACUGACUUUUAUGUGUCUCUGUUAAACCAUUCCCCUGCAACCUGUGUUCGCAAAGGAACCUUUACUUGCUAAUGUAACAGAUGCUACCUUUGUUUUUUUCUUGAAUUUUGAAUUUUGUUGUUGACCUUCUUCAUCAAAUUUCUGGCAAUUGCAGCAUUUUUCUGCAGUCGUUCUAAAUGAAAAAAAAAAAAAAAACGCAGAUUCCGCUAACACUCAAAGACGCAGUGUGCUUGAACGCCUCAUCAGCACACAGCACAAUGCUUGAAAGGAGGAAGGAAGGAGACAGAUAAGAGUUGUUUGUGUGGUCUAUGAACAAAUAAACCUUCCACAAACACAUAAUAAAGAAGAAUCUGUCUGUAGUGUCCCGAUUCUAAAAGAAGCACUAUCUAUUCUUUACAGAGAGUGAAUCACCAAUGAGUGGAAUAAACCUUCCACAAACACAUAAUAAAGAAGAAUCUGUCUGUAGUGUCCCAAUUUUAAAAGAACCAUUACCCAUUCUUUACAGAGAGUGAAUCACCAAUGAGUGGAUGCUUUGUUUGGGCACUCGACCAGUUUGUUAGGUGCACUGUAUGUUAACCAAGACAGUGUAUGAAAACCAAGCCUCUAUUGUAUAUAUAAAAUUAAAGCUACGGACACGUGAUGUUUUGAUUACUUCGGGGAAAAAAUACUUUUUUCUUGCGUUAUUUAUGCCUCAGGUCAGUGACCAGUAAAUAAAAAGGAGAAAAAAACAGCAUGUAGUCCUGAUAUGUUUCUCGGAUAGCAGUUUUGGCAGUCAUCUACUGAUAUUAGUAGAAUUGAAUUUAUGUGAUUUGUGCUCAGCAAAACCCGCAAGGAAAUGAUGAAAUGUUUAAAUAGAUCUUGAUAAAGUGCAGCACCUAUGUACGCCGGGGUAGCCUGCAGUAUGUACUGUAUAAAGCUGUCAUUGCUAUUAUUAGAAGGUACAAAAGAGCUCCAGAGGGAAUGAAGAGUUUUUGACAAAAAAAAGUGUUUUUUUUGCUCGGAGCCAAUCCUGUAAAGUUUUGAUUUGUGCAGUGUAGUGGAAAUGUUCAGUAUUGUGUCCCUCAAAUGUGCGCCACCAAGUGCAUUCAGAAAAAAAAAAGAGUGAAAAAAAAUCUUGUUUUGAUUCAUUCUGUUUGUGUUUUGUCUUGUCACACACGUCAGUGGAAGUCAAUUGCCUUCAAAGUGAAAUAAGUCGAAAAGAAUGAAAAGGCAUUGUUGUGUAGCGUAGCUUUCAUUAUAAAAUACCACACUGCUGCACUUUUUAUUUCACAGCCCCCGCUGCUUGGAGUGGAAAUGUUUUUUUCCGCACUCUACUGCUGUUUUGGAGAUCUUUUCAGUGAUAUGUAAUAUAUAUUUUGGUGCAUGAGCACAAUAGGAUGUCGGAGUGUUAUACACAUACUCAUUUUUACCCUU